CCGUUGGUUGCCGUCGCGUUUUCAUGUGCCACACAGUGCCCACAGACAGACUAUGUGAAUUUUUGGUCUCGCCGAAGUUUGUGUUCGAGUGAGCGUGUGUGUAGAGUGUAGACAAGCAGCAGAGAACUCGAUUCCCACUCUUAACUAUCGCGCCAUUUAAUAAAAGUACAAGUCGGGAGGAGAAGUUAUCCAUCCAAGAGGAGCAGAAGAGGAGAGAGGAGACGUCAAAAUCAACCAUAACCAUAUUGAUUUGAUUCCGGAAACGGAGCUUCUGUGGUGUGGUGUGCACAGCAGUCAUUCUGGUACAUGUAUAUUCGAUCGAGAUUCCUACUUCUCCGGCCCUUGGGAUUAUAUGGUGUACUUUUGAAAGCCUCGCGAGCGCGAGGCAAGAUUGUCAAUUUUGUUGAUGAGUUUUGACUACGACAAAUAGUCUCGUCGCCAUUUUGACCUGUGUGUGCAAGUGAGUUUCACAGAAAGAGAGGGGGGGUGGUGUGCUGCUGCCUGCUGCCUAUUCGUAUGGAAUAUUUCAUCCGAGCCCGUUAGACACACAUUCCUUUUUUUUCCCCAUUAUUUAACGACAACGAGAGAUUGAGAGAAGGGCGAUUGUGUUUUCCGUCUGGCUGCAGCCAUGCAAGUUAUUGCUGCAGCAGCACAACCUUCAGUUGUUUCUUCUUCAACUUAUAACCAUUUUCGAUUCGGCUUGCUUACAUUUUGGUAACCCAUCCGUCAAUCAAAGUGAACUGUCUCGGCUCGAACAAGCCACACAGUUUGUCGCAGAGUUAUAACAGAGAGAAGAACUCAAGAGCCUCUGUAAUCCGCGGCCAUGGUGCAUACCGACAGCCAUAUCUCGAAAAUCUCUCUCUGUUCUGUGCAAUUUUGUUCAAGGACUAGAAUUACUUUGACCAAAUUGCUGGAUGAAUGGAAAGUUUUAUCCAUUUAUGUGAAUCCAGACAUUUCAUUCAUUCAUCAGCUGCCAUGUUAAAUUUGCUACCCAUGUCGAUGAGAUGAACUUGCCAGCCAACUCUGUCCUUCUACAUGAACCAUUCUGCGUCUUUGCAUAGCUGUUCACAUCUCAUAAUGUCUGGUCCUCGGGUGGACAAUUUCCAGGCGUUAGAUCCACGCAAGCAAGAGCUGCUGGAGGCCCGCUUCCUCGGCAUGAGAUCGACGUCGAAUCCGGCCGGCGGGAGUGGCGCCACACUGCAACAUCAGCAGCUUCAGCAGCAUGCUGCGACUAUGGCUGGAUCCCACUCUGCUGGGCCACCGCCGGGUUGUCACGUCAUGACAGCAGCGGCAACCAACCAACUAGUACAGCAAUCACUCCAACAGCCUAGUCCGUCCAGUCUCCUCAACGCCUCCGCCAACGCACCGCCACUACCGCCACAACAACAACAGCAACAACAACUUGCAACUCCCCAGUUCACGGCUGCCUAUACGAAUCCCUCCACCAACAAUCAUGGUUCGGGAGGUUCGGGCAGCUCUGGAAGCAGUGGCUAUUCCAACCCGAAUCAGCCGGUCCUGUACAACUUGCCGGUGCCUGGCGGUUUGGGCGGUGGGUGCCCGCCAACUAGUGGAUCUACUCCUUUGCAACAUCAACAACAUCUGCAACAACAACAGCAGCAGCACCAGCACAACCAAGAUUCGAACCUGAGUACGGGCUCUUCCGACCGGGAACUCAUGCGACUCAACGACAACAACACGAAUGAAGAACUACGGACACCUGAGCGCGGUGGCAGUAGUGGAGGUGGCAACAACAGUGGCGGCCCACAGCAGAGGAUUUCUAGCUCUAAUGCGAUAGCGGCCAGCGUCGGAUCGGCCCUGGCGGCCGCACCGACUACCCCCACCGAACGGAAGAGAAGACGGAAAAAUGCCGACGACACGGUGGCACCUUUAGGCAAACAAUCACGUGGAGACAAUAAGAAAAUCAGCGAAUAUUUCAAAGGUCACCCACCGAAUAGCCCAGGCCGUCAAAGCGGGACCAAAUCCCCAUCUCCAGUUCACCAGCAGCAGCAGCAGCAGUUGCAGCCGAUGCAGAGCCAACAACAGUCUUUCAUGGGAGUGCCCAAUAUUUGCCCGUCUCCUCAGGGCGCGGCGACUACCACAACAACAACAACAGCCGCAGCAGCAGCAAUCACGGCGUCCUCAACAGUGCCGUCGUCGACUGCCUCCAGUUAUCCAAAUUCGAACAUGAAUCAUUCGGCACCGUCUGGUGGCAUUCCAGUCAACAAUACGGUGAUGGUGACUGGAAACGGAACGCCCGGCGGAUUCGGAUCCGGGCUACAACAGUCUCCUGUAGCCCAGUCAGUGACAGCCACAGGUGCCCAGGUGACUAGUGGGUCGAAUCAGCCGAUCGCGGCGGCCGGAGGAGUCCCAGCAGCUUCCACGCCCGCAGGAGGAGUGGUAGGCGGAUCUGAUGCCGGAUUAAUGCAACCACCACGAAACCCGGCGCCUUCGACACACCACAAGAAAGUGGGCGUUGCCGUGGUCUCUUCAGUGGGCGCCAUCGGCGCCGGUCUCGCCGUCUCUGCUGGCCUGGACGGCACCAAUAGCAGCGGUGGUGGCAUCAAUAGCAGCAGCAGCAGUCCGGCCGGAAGCACAACGAGGCGGAGAGGUGUUGCCGCUGCCACAAUUUCCAGUGUUGCCGCUGUCGUCGCAGCGGUGGCAGGUGGCGGGGCCGGCCCCGGUCCACCUCCCAUCGUGACCGCAGAAGUCAAUAAAACACAACAACAGAACGAGCUGGAGCUCAAAGAGAAUCGGAUAGACGAGCUGUUGCGAUCGAACGAAGAAUUAUCGGCCAAAGUGUCUGCCCAGCAGAAGGUGGUUGACCAGCAAAAGGCUUCCAUUCAAAAGUGUCUAGACGUUGUCAAAAAAUUGCUGAUCGAGAAAUCGACCAUCGAGAAGAAGGAGGCCAGGGCGCGAUGUAUGCAAAACCGGCUCAGGCUCGGCCAGUUCGUGACGCAAAGGGUCGGGGCCACUUUCCAGGAAAACUGGACGGACGGCUACGCUUUCCAGGAGCUGGCCAAGCGACAGGAAGAGCUGAGCACCCUGCGCGAAGAAAUCGACAGGCAGCGUAAACUCUUGUGCAAGCGGAAGCCGACCACGUCGGAAACGCCGACGGGAACGACCCGGAAGCGGACGGCGGCCGGCAGCGGCAGCUCUAGCACCUCUUCCGGGCGAGACUCGUCCAACAGCAACAACCUCCUCAACGGGACGGAGAGUACGCUCAAGUCGGGCGACCUCAACCGCGACUUCAACAUCCAGGAGUACUACGAGGCCGAGGAGAUCCUGAAAUUGAAGCAGAACGCUUUGAAGAAGGAGGACGGCGACCUGCAGCUGGAAAUGGAGAAGCUGGAACGUGAGCGCAACCUGCACAUUCGCGAACUGAAGCGGAUUCACAACGAGGACCAGAGUCGCUUCAACAACCACCCCAUCCUCAACGAUCGGUACCUGCUCCUCAUGCUGCUGGGCAAAGGCGGCUUUAGUGAGGUCCACAAAGCCUUUGACCUCAAGGAGCAACGGUACGUGGCUUGUAAGGUCCAUCAGUUGAACAAAGACUGGAAGGACGACAAGAAAGCCAAUUAUAUCAAGCACGCUCUCCGCGAGUACAAUAUUCACAAGCAGUUGGACCAUUCAAGAGUCGUGCGGUUGUUUGACGUUUUCGAGAUUGACGCCAACUCGUUCUGCACCGUCCUCGAGUACUGCGACGGGCACGAUCUGGAUUUCUAUCUGAAACAGCACAAGAUUAUCGGCGAACGGGAAGCCAGGUCGAUCAUUACGCAAGUUGUUUCGGCUUUGAAAUACCUGAACGAGAUCAAACCUCCAGUCAUUCACUACGAUUUGAAGCCGGGCAACAUCCUGUUGAGCAACGGUAGCAUUUGCGGUGAUAUCAAAAUCACGGAUUUCGGCCUCUCGAAAAUCAUGGACGAGGACAAUUACAAUCCGGAGCACGGCAUGGAUCUGACGUCGCAAGGCGCCGGAACCUACUGGUACCUGCCACCGGAAUGCUUCGUUGUCGGCAAAACGCCACCCAAAAUCUCCUCCAAAGUCGACGUCUGGAGCGUCGGCGUCAUUUUUUAUCAGUGUCUCUAUGGUAAAAAACCAUUCGGACACAAUCAGUCGCAAGCCACCAUUUUGGAGGAGAACACCAUACUCAAAGCGACUGAGGUGCAGUUUCCCACCAAGCCAGCUGUUAGUUCGGAAGCCAAAAACUUUAUCCGGCGAUGUUUAGCGUAUCGCAAAGAGGAUCGAGACGACGUGCUGUCACUGGCCCGUCACGAAUACCUGCAGCCGCCUGUCUCAAAGCACGGGCGCCAGUCAGCUCAAGUGCAGCAGCAGCUGCAACAACAGCAACACCAUCACCAACUACAGCAACAACAGCAGCAGCACCAAAGUCAACCGCAGUCGGGACUCUUUACUGGAGCCUUUGUCAGUUCGGGAAUGAACGCAUCCAGUUCGUCCUAGACCCAGAAAGAAACAAGACAACAAACAACAACAUCAACAACAACCAAAAGACUAAAAAAAAAAUGAAAUAACGAGAUAACAUUGAAAAACAUGAAAUGAAGCACCUGCUCUCGAUCCUCCUCUUCUUCCUUCUUUACUUCUCCUCCACCGUGAUCAAUUGUCAAAAAAACAACAAAAGAAAAUAGCAGGAGAAAAGAAAAACCCACCCUCCCGGCCCCUCCCAAUGAAUGCUCUGUCGAGGACUGGAAAAAAAAAAAACAGGGGAAGGAAUUAAUUCAUUUUUUUUUUCUAAAUUCAAAAGUUUAUGCGAGUGAGAGUGUGAGAAAAUAAUUGUAAAGUACGUAACUAUUGAAAAGAAGAAGACGACAGAAAAUGAUGCCAGUGUAUCUCGUGUGUGUUCGUGUUUCAAAGAAGAAGGAGAGAAAAAAAAGUGAGAGUGGUGUGUGAAAACGUUUGCGCUCGUGUUAAGUGUGUGCCGUGUGUGACGUUGUUGGUUGCUGAAUACCGACGAACCAGGUCUGUGAUGAUGCCUCCUUUUUUUGAUGAUUGUGCGGCCACUUCCCCCCUAUCCCCCCAUUACUACCCCCCUUACUUCCGUCAUCCUUUACCGACAUCGGCUUCAAGCUACAAUUGAUAACUGUGCGUGUGUUUUUUUUUUUUUCGAGUGUGACUACCUACUCCUACAAACUGGCAAACAACAGCACUCGAUCGGAAUUUUAAAAAAUAUCCCGCGGAUCAUAAUUUUUUUUCCGGCGGAAGGCGGAAGGAUUAUACAACACGAUAUACUUCUUCUAAUCCUCCCAUACAUCAUUCGUCUCGUGCUGCUGCUCCCUCCCUACUCUUUUUCCAAUUAUUAUCAACAUAUUUGUUUGUUUGAUUAUUUUUUUUCCCUUCUUUCCUUUUGGGUCUUGUUCAUAUCUUCCCUCCAUCAUUUUCAUUCUCUCUCGUCACCAUUAAUCCAUUUGUCAAACCGCGUGUGUGUGUGUUUUGUAUGUGCCGCGACCUCCCGACCCUCACCGUGCGAGUGCGAUCUGCUCGCGCUGAUAUUUAGACAAUGAGGAAAUUCUAAAGAAGGAAAGAAACCGGCCAAAAAAGUCUGCUAAUUAUUUUUUUCGUUUUUCUUCUUCCUCCUCCUCCGCCCAGCCCUACAAUAAUGUUAUUUGCCGAUUCCGCUCCAUCUUAAUUCACGUUUUUUUUUCUCUCACCCCUCCCCACAUCUCAAAUUCCUUUAUUCUCCGUCAUCCAAAAGUCUAAAAAAAAUUUUUCCGGCCAAUUUUUUCAAUGACGAUUGGUUCAUUCAAAAGCUGCUGCUGCUGCUGUGUGUAUGUGUGUGUGUGUGAAUUCCCUCAUUUAUGAUAUGCAGAUGAUCGCUCCUCCUCCUCCCCCAAUCUUUCUAAUCUUUCUCAAUUGAAUUUUUUUUCUCUCUUUACAAUGACCGUUUGAUUGACAAAGAAAUACUUCUCUCUCUCUUGCUCUCGAAAAAAAAAACAGAAAAACAAAAAAGAAACGGCAAUCUUUUUUCAUACACUUAUCGUAUACCGAUAUACGUAUAUAACAAAACAUAUAUUUUUUUUAAAUUAUCAUCGAUUCAUUUAUUUUCGAGAUGGAGAGGAGAAAUUGAUUCAAACACAAUCCUAAGGGAAAUUCAUUUUUAUUGAAUGAACGCAGUGACAGCAAGCAGACGACGUCGUCGUGAAAGACCCCGGUGUCUUUCAUCGACUCAUUCCACCACUAUCAACACCCUCAGAAUUGAUUUUGCACCACGCCCUUUUAAGUAACGCAGAUAUUUUGUUUUUAUUACAAUUUUUCAUGUCAUACCACACACACAUCAUACACACACGCAGCCACUCCUCCCUGUUUUUUUUCCCCUUUCCAAUGAACGAUUUUAAAAAAAGAAAUGACUUGGAAGACGAAAAGUUUUGGACUUCAAACAAUUGCGCCGCGUUAAUAUAAAUGAAAAUAAUAGACGUGCAAAACAAAACAUGAUGUCAAAAAAAGCAAAACCAA